UAUAGACGGUCCAUGAAAUGAAUAGGCGUAUGCGAAAGUGAGUAGAUUACCUUGAAAACAACGGGCGGACAUCUUAGAUGCAGUCCUCAGUUCUUAUUAUACCUCAGUGGUAUGCACACUUUCAGUUUGUUUGCCAACUCAUAGAAAAUGGACUACUUCAAAAUGGAGAUCGCGCUGCCCCUGCUCUCACAGACGCCAUGAUGGGACAGAUACAAUGAUGCGAUGUCUAUCUAAGUCUAUGGGCUUUUCCAGACGCGCCAUCUUUGCUGUCACCGCGCAUAGUUCCUCGCUUUCAGCGCGCACUAAUCACUGAUUGGAUAGCCUGAUGCGCGUUGCAGCGCAAUUCAGCGGGGACGAAAACAACGCUCGCUCCAAUUUACGGGGCGUGACAGCUGAACAACAACAACAAUCAAGCUUCCGGUUUCUCAUUCUUAGUAGAGAAUUCACCAGCAUGUUCUUGUGAGCGUAAAAUCGCACAAUCAGCAAGUUUAUGUAUAAUAGAUUUACGUGUACACUAGGUACAUUUUAUUAUUUUGUUUGUCACGGAAUAAGAGCACUGAAAGAGCUAUUACUGACUUUGAUACACCACUUUAUUUGACCAUUACACUGCGGACAACUUCCAAUACGGGUUAUUAUGAGCGAAGGAGAGGUAUUCCAUGAGAAGCAGCGACUGGAGUUGUGCGCUAUUCAUGCUCUGAACAACGUGCUGCAGGAGCAAGUGUUCACCAAGGAGGCGGCAGAUGACAUCUGCAAGCGGCUAGCUCCACAAUGUGUGGUGAACCCUCACCGCUCGAUGCUGGGCACAGGGAACUAUGACGUCAACGUCAUCAUGGCUGCCCUACAGAGCAGAGGGUUGGCUGCAGUAUGGUGGGACAAACGCAGAUCAGUACAGAGUCUCUGUGUUGACAAGGUCCAGGGGUUCAUCCUGAACGUUCCGUCACGUGUCUCUCUCGGAAUUGUGUCCCUCCCCGUCAGGCGGCGGCACUGGCUUGCAGUGCGCCAGGUUAAUGGACACUACUACAACCUCGACUCCAAACUAAAGAGUCCUGUCUGCAUUGGGAACGAAGCAGAUCUCCGUACAUUUCUCAGUGAACAGCUGUCUCCGGACGUGGCAGAGAUGCUCCUGGUUGUGAGGAGGGAUGUGGAGGAGUACGGAACCUGGCUGAACUCUGAUGACCUCAGGAAGUGAUUCCUCUGGCCUGGGCAUUCAUUCAUUCAUUCAUUCAUUCAGCAUGGGACUCAAACUCCUGCUCUACUCUGGAAAAACAAAUAACAUUUAGGAAAACAAGAGACGCUUAACAAAAAGGACAUCUUUCAGGAAAUGCAUUACUGGUCGCUGAGGAGUGUGGACACACACACACACACACACGAAGUUCCAAAGAGAAUUUAAGAUGACGAGGGAUUUCUGUCCCAAAUGGCUUGUUUGUAACAGUUUACUGGCCGUUGUUUGGAUUGCUACACUACAGCUGCAUCUAUAUCUUCUUUCCUUCUCUCUCUUCCUACUUACGCAUCUAUGCACUGCACUGUCGAGGUAGACCAGUUAGAACUGGUUUGUCUUUUAGUUAUUCUAUGCACCGAGGAGGUACUGGAUGUCGUGUUGACAACCGACUGUGUGUAAAUAAUACUUCUAUGUUCUUGUG